AUGGCUUCAAAGAGGAGACCGACAUCGACGCCUUUGUCUCCUCCACAACCGCCGGCGUUAAAGAGACUUACGAAGACCAACGUCGAAUUUGAUGAGGAUAACGUGGAUGAUGUGAAUGAUGUCGUUGUUGGUUCUGGAGUGAGGCAUACGAGAAGUCGGUGUGUAAAUGCUUCGGUUAGGAGAGAGAGAGAGAGAGAUGGUUUACCAUUGGGUGAGGAGUAUAUUGAGGAGGACUUGGAGGACUUCACAACUGCUUUGGAUAACGCCUUGCAAUCCACCUCACCCCAGGCGCAGUUGAAUAGCUCGCCACCUCAGUCUUCUCAUGGGUCGAAGGUUUGCCAUGACUAUGACGUGGAUUCUAAGGGCGAUGAGGAUGAGGGUUCUGAGGGCGAUGAGAAUGAGGGUUCUGAGGGCAAUGAGGAUGAGGGUUCUGGGGGCAAUGAGGAUGAGGGUUCUAAGGGCGAUGAGGAGCCAGUCAUUCCACCUCGCGUCGUGGUGCGCGACUCUAAUGCUCCUAUUACUAUUCAUCGACGUAAAGGAAAGUUUAUUCGUAACCCUGAGGGGAGUAUGAGUACCACCGGACGUUGUCGUAGAGAUAAGGGGACUAGAGACACAUGGUUAGUUACAAGCCCGAUGGGCGGAGGUCCUUUAGACGGUAGCGUUAUUCCUAGCUACCCGGCUCACGUUGCGAGGUCCUUAUGGGAAGCCACGUUCGAUCGAGGUAAAUUGCAUUGCCAGAGUAAAGUAGUGGUAUGUAAGCGGCUAAUGAAGUGGUAUCGUGGAAUGAAAGAAGAUCUGCGAGAUAAGCUAGGUGAAAGUUCGUUGAGUCAUUUGCCAUUUAUGAUGGCAUCCCACAUUGACGCUCCUUUGAUUUCAGCUUUCGUGGAGAGGUGGCAACCGGAUACGAACACUUUUCACUUGCCAUUUGGAGAGAUGACGAUCAUGUUGCAUGACGUUCAGGCGAUACUUGGGAUUCCUGUUGAGGGGAGUGUAGUGAGUUGUACCUACGACGACACGAGCAGAUCUCUUAUGAGCCUUAUUCUUGAUUUGCUUCAGGUGAGCGAUGAGGCGACCCUUAAAGUAGGGAAAGCGCCUAUAUGGCAGCGCGGUUGUGUGAAGACUUCUACUAUUAUUGGCAAUUUGGAGGGAUUGGCUAGGGACCCAGAGUGUGAGAUGACUGGUUGGCUAUUGACUGCUAUUGGAUGUUGUUUGUUUACUGAUAAGAGUAGAAGUCGGGUUCGCUCGCAGAUCUCACGUAAUCUAGAUCAUUUGGAUCGUGUACCGAGCUACUCUUGGGGCUCAGCUUGCUUAGCCUUUCUUUAUCGCCAGCUGGGUAUGGCUACACGAUCAGAGUCACGAGGUAUUGGAGGUUGUCUCACGCUUCUUCAGGCGUGGAUAUACGAGCAUUUUCCAUGCUUCCGACCACGAUCGGUCAGGAAGGAUAUAGGACAUAGUGAUCCUCGUGCAUUGAGAUGGGUUUAUGCUCCAGAGAGUAAGGAUCAGACUAGGUUGGCAUCGUUUCGUGCUCGAUUAGACAAGCUCACACCAGAGCAGGUUUUGUGGACGCCAUUUGGCGCCAACCCCGCCGCACCUUGUCCGAGGACUACUUAUAUUGGGCCCAUAUGUUAUCGUGACAUUGGCGAAAUGUACAACCCUGAUCAGGUUACUCGACAAUUGGGUUAUGUGCAGCGUGUUCCGCAGGAAGUCAUUUUCUUUGGUAAAGCGUAUCGGCCACCUAACUCGAGGAAGUAUGAGGUGGAGUUUCAUGACUUGACACAUAUAGACAAGUUGUGGAAACGUUUCGCAGCCGAUGGUUAUGCUGCCAGUUUGAUUCUCGCGUCUCUGACUCCUGUUCCAGAUGGUGUGCCUUACUUGUGUGAAGAUGAUUAUGAUACAUGGUUUAUGGGUCACUCUCAUCCAUACAUUUGUCCUGCUUUUGCUGCAUUUCCACCGACUGUAGUUGUACCUGACCGCUCUCACACUGAAUACUGGAUUGGGCGAUAUAACCAAGUCGUUCAUGGACUUAUUGAAGCUCAUAAUGAUCCUCAUCACCCGAUGGUGAUAGCCGCCCAGAAGUUAUUGGAUGAUUGGAACUUUAUUUUGCAUUCCCAGUGA